UUGUAGUACUAUCCGAACAAUACUAUGAAAUAGAUAAGCCUCUUGACAUACAUGAUUAUGAUAGCAAUAAAAUAGAAUUAGUUGUCUGUUCUAGCUAUUUACUUUUGAAUCAAGUUAUUAACAAUAUUGAUAUUGAAG